GCCAGCUCCCGCGCCUGGCAGAGGCGGCUGCCCUGGCCCGGCCCCGCACCUGCGGCCCCACGGAGCGGCGGCCCCGCGUGGAGCCCCGGGACAGCCCCCGCCCAGGGACUCUCCUCCAUGGCCCCCUCCAUCCGCCUGUCGCCCGCCGCCCGCAGCCUCUUCGAUCAGCCGCUGGCCAUCGCCGUGCAGGGCCUGGGCCCGCGGCAGCAGGUCACUCUGCGGACGUCCUUGCGGGACGAGACCAGAGAGCUCUUCCAGGCCAGUGCCCGCUACCAGGCGGGCGACGACGGCGAGCUGGACCUCGCCCGCUGUCCUGCGCUGCCGGGAGGCAGCUUCUCCGGCCUGGAGCCCAUGGGGCUGCUCUGGGCUUUGCAGCCCGAGAAACCUUUCUGGCGGCUGGUAAAGCGGGACGUGCAGAGCCCCUUCCUCCUGCAGCUGGAGGUGUUUGAGGGCCACGGCGAGCGCCACGGGCGGCUCCUGGCCCAGGCGCAGCACGAGCGGGCGUUCCUGCGGGACGGGGUGCGGAGAAUCCCGGUGCGACAAGGGAGGAUCCGGGCGACGCUUUUCCUGCCCCCCGGAAGUGGCCCCUUUCCGGGAAUUAUUGACUUGUAUGGAACUGGAGGAGGACUCCCUGAAUACAGGGCAUGCCUGCUUGCCAAUCAUGGCUUUGCUGUGCUGGCUCUGGCUUUCUAUGGCUAUGAAGAUCUCCCCAAAGAGAUGAAGGAAUUCCACCUGGAAUAUUUUGAAGAAGCUGUAAACUAUAUGUUACACCACACCCAGGUUAAAGGUCCAGGAAUUGGUUUGCUUGGACACUCAAAGGGGGGUGACCUGUGUGUCUCCAUGGCCUCCUUCCUAAAGGGCAUCACAGCCACUGCCCUUAUCAACGCCUCAGUGGCAAAUGUGGGUGCGGUGCUGCGCUACAAGGACAUCACCAUUCCACCCCUUGGGAUGAAUCCAAAACGCGUCAAGGUCGGCAAGUCCGGGAUUGCUGAUAUUAUUGAUGCAUUGAACAGCCCACUAGAAGGGCCUGAUCAGCAAAGCUUUAUCCCUUUGGAGAAGGCUGAGUGUUGCUUCCUGUUCAUUGUUGGCCAGGAUGAUCACAACUGGAAAAGUGAAUUCUUUGCAGUUGAGGGGAGCAAACGUUUGCAAGCUCAUGGGAAGGAAAAGCCUGAGAUAGUCUGUUAUCCUGGAGCAGGGCACUACAUUGAACCUCCCUUUUUUCCGAUGUGUGCAGCCUCAAUGCACCUGCUAUUUGGCAAGCCUGUGAUGUGGGGAGGGGAGCCCAAGGCACACUGUGAGGCACAGAUAGAUGCUUGGCAGCAGAUCCAAGCAUUCUUUCGUAAACACCUCACAGGCGAGCUAUCUGAAACAUCCAGUAAGCUCUGAUAUGAAUUAGGUUACUUUACAGAUGAAGAUGCUGGUUUUGUUAAAUGUUCUGUUAAAUUGUUUUGUUAAAUGGCUCAGAAUGAGAACAAGGAACAUCAGAGAAUAAGCUAUUAGGUUUCUUGGAGGAUGAUGGUUGGUGAAAGCAAGAAAGCAGCUUCCUUUUUAUACCCUCCUCUAAUCUUGGUUAGAGGCCUUGGCCUCCUGUUUUAUGUAGUACAAGGUUAUAAGCUGUGGAAAACAAAUGGUGGUAAGGCUGUGUGCUUUGAGUGUGAAUUGAAGUGGUAGGUAACUCAUCCAAGCUGAGAACCGGGAUGAAAACAUGCCUUGGCCUUGUCAGAGGAGAUGUAUGCCGAUGCUCAGCUUUGUGUUCUAGUUCCAGUAUUCCGGUUUUUCUGGAGGCAGUAAUGUGCCUUCAUUAAUGUUUUUGUUCUCCCUGUGUACCUCUCCCUCCUUUAUUGCUCCUUGCCCUUCUCUCAAACCACUAAAAUGCAUCUGCCUUAAAAAUAUCGAAUAUUUCACUUCACAUUUAUAGGCAACAAAACAGCCCAUAGCUUGAUGUGAUGUUUUGAGAGCAUGCAGUAGAAAUGAGACAUUUAAACAGUCUUUGGGGGUUCAUAAGCGUGAAGAAACAACAGAACAGGUCCCGUUAGUUGUCAUCCUGGAGUCGCUUCCGGGUGUUUCCUCAGCACGGCUGGGUAUCGCUGUGGAGAUCCGCAGCACUGUCGGAGCUCCCUGCCUGUACAUUCCCCAAAUGCCGGCUCAGCUCCCUGCUCCUAAGGGCUGCUGAGAACAGCCCGGCGGCGGCUCCGUGAGGCUGGCACGGCGGCUCCGUGAGGGGCCUGGAGGGGCCUGAGGCGGCCGGCCGGCUGUGGCGGAGCGGGGCUCCGGCUGCACGCCCGCUGCUCUCUGCGCAGCCGGGUGAGCGCUCAGCCCCGCUGGGAUCGGCAGUAACUUUGUGCAGCCAAGCGUGGGGUUGAAGGAGAAGACGCUGGGAGUUGCCGGCGCACUUGCACUGUGUCCCCGAACAUGUCGUACCCGACAGUGCCUGCAGCCCGCAUGCGGCCUCUACUGUUGCCUGUGCGUCAGGCCCGU